CUAUGCUCCUCCUGCUUCACCUGUCUCCACCCGCUCCUUCCUCUACUUCUUCUUGCCAAGACCCCGCCAUCCUAGUCGUCGAUGGACCUGCCCGGGCGCACCUUCCUAACCUCACGCCUCGCGCCUGCCUCUUCUCAAGUGGGCCCCUCCAACCGACCGUGACCGCUCUCUCUUGGCCCCACAACUCACCUCACCUCGACCCGCCGAUACCCACACGCUUGCAGACCAUCCGUUGGACUAACACUCCUCCAGUAUGGCUCCGUCGACCCCGCCAGAUCGCGACAGCAGCCCCGAGCUCGGGAGUCCGUCUCUACUGCCGCAGUACAACAAGAAGACAGGCCGACCGAUCCGUCGGAGCGCCGGCAAAAUCAAGAUGAUCGCGGAUUACGUCGACUCUGCGAUAAUUGAGGAUGAUGAACCCUCCGAGGUGCCUUCAGAGGACGAAGACGAAGUAGCCAAGCCCUCGCGCAAGCGCAAGCGGACGCCCUCACCUCCUCCUCCGCCGUUGGACCCUAUCAUCUAUGACGAGGAGCCGGACGAGGCCUCGGACGAAGAGGACGUCGGGAACUUCCAUCAUAACGUGGAGAAGCCGCCGACCAUUACCUUGCAAUUCAACGUCCCGCUUGGUUUCCAUGGCCCUCUGGUGGUGAAGCUCGACCGGAGCCUUCUGCAGGACAACACAGAAGGUACCACCCAGGAACUGCAGCCACGCCGCACCAAGCGGAAGUUGAACAAGCCCACACCGGUACCGCAAUCGCAGGGCACGGCAGCCCAGGAGCAGAAGAAGACCGGCUUCUGCGAUCUGCCUGGGGAACUUCGGAAUAAAGUCUAUCGGCUUGCGUUUGUGACCAGCGAAACCCUUGCAUUCCCCGACGCCGACAACCUCUGUAGAUCCGGCCAGUUCUUGAGCACUUGCAAAAUGGUAUAUGGGGAAGGCUGCAGCAUCCUCUAUGGCGAGAACAAGUUCUCCUUCGAACGCAACAAGAACACCCGGCGUCCGUUCUGGGAGAAAAUCCCUAGGGAGAUUGGCUACACGGAUGUCCGCCGCUUUCUGAAGGCAAUCGGCCCUGAGAACCUGGCCUACCUGCGAGACAUCAGGCUCGUUUUCGAUGAUGCCACUCAGUCGUCGACAUCCUACCUCACCCACGAAGAGCGACGGUUUCUCAACGACGAGCACCUCUUCGACUGUCUCCGCAUCCUCCGCGAGGCAAAGCUCCGAAAGCUCACUCUCCGCUUCGAUGGUCGCCGCACUCUGCACAAGACGGACGUCCGAUUCCUGGGGUACCUGGAGCAGGUCAAGGCCGACGAGAUAGUUCGCGAGAAGGAAAAGUCGACCGGGUGGUCCGCGCAUCCCCCGGGCAAGCUUGGCUACAGAGUGUGGGAAGACCUUAAGGAGUCAAUGACCCGAAAGAAAAAACUCUACGCUGAAGAGAAGGGAGCCAAGGCGUAGGAAAUUGUCCGACGUCGGCUCUUUCGGCGUCAUCCACCACUGUCACAAUCACACACAUUGCAGCAUUCGGCCCUUUCCACGCAGGCCUCGGCCUCGGUCCGAUCGGCAUCAUUACACUCUGUACUCCCGGCUACGGUCUGCAUUCUAUCCCCCUGUUGCUUGCCUCAGCACUGUCGCACAUCAUGUUCCGGACUCCGGCCGAC